AAUUAAUUAUAGGUAAGAGUUAGUAGUGUAUAAGGAUGUACGUGAAGAUUUAUUGUUAAAGAAAACCUCCACGCUCGAAAUCUCCAAACCUGUUUAUUGACUCGUCGUCUUGUUCUUUCUCACUCUGCUACUCUGCCGCAACUCAACCGCUCCCAUUAGACUCUGCCUCAAUGUCAGCUAUCGACGGAGAGAACCCUCUCUUGAAGGACCUCGAUUUCCCGCCCUUCGAUUGCAUCCAAGCCGAUCACGUCGUUCCUGGUGUUCGUGCGUUGCUGAACAAAGCGGAAAAUGAAUUGGCUGAAUUGGAGAGCAAUUUGGAAGCGUCAUGGCCGAAGCUGGUGGAGCCGUUGGAGAAGCUAGUUGAUCGGUUGCAAGUGGUUUGGGGAGCUGUUAAUCAUCUCAAGGCUGUCAAAGAUACUCCUCAACUCCGUACCGCCAUUGAACAAAUUCAGCCUGAAAAAGUCAGGUUUGACCUCAAGUUGGGACAAAGUAAACCGAUCUACAAUGCUUUUAAGGCUAUCAAAGAAUCUUCGGAUUGGGACAAACUAAGUGAUGCUCGUAAGCGUAUAGUGGAAUCUCGAAUAAAGGAGGCUGUUCUUAAUGGUGUCUCACUUGAAGAUGAAAAAAGGGACCGGUUCAACAAAAUUGAACAAGAAUUAGUGAAGCUUAGUGAAAAAUUUGAGGAGCAUGUUUUAGAUGCCACAAAGAAGUUUGAAAAACUAAUAACUGUGAAGAAAGAGAUUGAAGGGUUGCCGGCUACUGCUUUAGGGUUGGCUGCACAAACAGCAGUGUCCAAGGGGCAUGAAAAUGCUUCUGCUGAAAAUGGUCCAUGGGUUAUAACAUUGGACGACCCAAGUUAUAUGUCAGUCAUGCAACAUGCUAAAAAUAGAGAUUUGCGCAAGCAAGUAUAUCUUGCUCGUUUAACCCUUGCUUCUAGCGGCGACCUUGAUAAUACAGGAAUUAUUGAUCAAAUUCUGAAGCUUAGAAUGGAAAAGGCCAAGCUUCUAGGCUAUCACAACUAUGCUGAGCUAUCUAUGGCAACCAAGAUGGCUACAGUUGCUAAAGCAGAAGAGCUCCUUGAAAAGCUUCGUGCUGCUUCAUGGGAUGCAGCUGUUAAAGAUAUGGAAGAACUUAAACAAUUCUCAAGAGAUCAAGGUGCUCUAGAAGCAGAUGAUUUAACCCAUUGGGAUACAACAUUUUGGAGUGAGAGGCUGCGUGAAUCAAAAUAUGAAAUAAACGAGGAAGAAUUACGUCCUUACUUUUCAUUGCCUAAAGUUAUGGAUGGCCUUUUCAAUCUUGCCAAGACACUCUUCGGUGUUGUCAUAGAGGCAGCUGAUGGUUUAGCCCUGGUGUGGAAUAAAGAUGUCAAAUUUUAUUGUGUCAAGGAUUCUUCUGGCAGUCCUAUCGCAUACUUCUACUUUGAUCCAUAUUCUCGUCCAUCUGAAAAGCGUGGAGGAGCGUGGAUGGAUGAAGUUAUCGCACGGAGCCGCGUACUGUCACGCGAUGGUGCUUCUGCUAGGUUGCCUGUUGCACAUAUGGUGUGCAAUCAAAUGCCUCCAGUUGGAGAGAAGCCCAGCCUUAUGACUUUUGACGAGGUUGAAACUGUCUUCCAUGAAUUUGGUCAUGCACUCCAGCAUAUGUUAACUAAAGAAGAUGAGGGUCUUGUAGCUGGUAUUAGGGGAAUUGAGUGGGAUGCUGUUGAAUUACCUUCACAAUUCAUGGAAAAUUGGUGUUACCACAGGGAUACCUUGAUGAGCAUUGCAAAACAUUAUGAAAAUGGGGAGAGUCUCCCAGAAGAUAUGUAUUUGAAGCUUCUUGCAGCUAGGACUUUCCGUGCAGGCACACAUAGUCUUUCGCAGAUAAGAUAUGCUAGUAUUGAUCUGGAGCUGCACACAAAGUAUGUACCUGGGGGGUCUGAAUCUGUAUAUGAUGUUGAUCAAAGUGUUAGCCAGAAAACACUAGUGUUCCCUCCACUUCCUGAGGAUAGGUUUCUUUGUGGAUUUAGCCAUAUUUUUGCAGGUAUGUAUGCAGCUGGAUUCUACAGUUACAAGUGGGCUGAGGUAUUGUCUGCUGAUGCUUUCUCUGCAUUUGAGGAUGCUGGUUUAAAUGACAUUAAGGCUAUGAAAGAAACAGGGCAGAAAUUCCGAGAGACCAUACUUGGUCUUGGAGGUGGCAAGGCACCCCUAGAUGUUUUUGUAGAAUUCCGAGGGCGGGAACCAUCUCCUGAGCCUUUGCUUAGGCACAAUGGCUUGUUGCCAGUUUCUAUAUAAACUUUAAGCGAAUAGUUUCUUAAUUUCGUUAUUCAUGCACUAUCCUAUGGAGUCCAACAGCUCUAUCAUCCUUUGGACGGUUAAUCUGACAACUUUAUUGUGCAUGAGUUUUAAUAGGAGAUUGUAUGAUUCAAUUCAUGCUCUCACAUUGAAUUCUAAUCGAUCAGCAUUCUCAAUAGGUCAA